AUGGCCCCCCUGUUCUUCUUUCUCCGCGCGCCCCCCGGCCUGGCCAUGGUGUACGUGCGGAGCAGGGAGGACAAAAGCGGAGCCACGGGCGGCUCGGGGAUCCCCGGCGAUGCGGUGGCCCCAGAGGUGCUGGCCGCGCGACGCGGCCCUCUUGCUGCGGCCGCGCUACUGUCCGAUGCACAUGGCGCACAGGGCGCUGUCGCGGCCUCCCCUGGCCGCGCUGCUCGCGCGCCGUGCCUCCCGCGAGCAAGAAAGCGACUGGAGCUGGUUACAAUCGGUGCCCCCGCUCAGCCCUUUCGCUGGUGCGCAUCGCCGGCGCGGCGCCUCGUCGCCGACGGACGAGAAGUGUUCCGACAGUGCUGA